AUGCGCUCGUUGAUCAAACAGUCCAUUGGCUGGUUUGAACAGCACCAAAGAAUCCAUACUGGAGAGAAACCUUACAAGUGCUCAUAUUGUGACAAGAGUUUCAUUCAGUCUGGAAACCUGAAAUCACAUGAGCAGAUUCAUACUGGAGAGAAGCUGUAUCACUGUACUCAGUGUGAGAAGAGUUUUUCAUUGAUGGAAAAUUGUAAACAGCACCAGAAAACACAUAAUGAUGUGAGAGAUCAUGUGUGUCGUGAGUGUGGGAAGAGCUUUACUACAGCUGCCUGUCUGAAACUGCACAAAAGAAUUCACACUGGAGAAAAACCGUACAAGUGCUCAUAUUGUGACAAGAGUUUCACUCGGUCUGAACACCUGAAAAUACAUGAGCGAGUUCACACUGGAGAGAAGCCGUAUUACUGUAUUCAGUGUGGAGAGAGUUUCAGAUAUAGAAGUGAUCUCAAUGUUCAUCUGCUCAUUCACUCUGGAGAAAGGCCAUUUACCUGUGAUCAGUGUGGUACAGAUUUUAAAUCAUCAGUACAUCUAAAAAACCACAUGAAAAUUCACACAAAUGAAAGGCCUUUUGCAUGUUUUUCUUGUGGAGAGAGUUUUGCUCAACUGGAUCAUUGUAAACGGCACCAAAAAAUACACACCGGUGAGAAAGAUCAUGUGUGUUGUGACUGUCCAAAGAGCUUUACUAGAUCUGACACUCUGCAACGCCACCAAAGAAUUCACACUGGAGAAAAACCUCACAAGUGCUCAUAUUGUGACAAGAGUUUCACUCAGGCAGGAACCAUGAAAAUACAUGAGCGAGUUCACACUGGAGAGAAACCGUAUCACUGUACUCAGUGUGAAAAGAGUUUCAGAUGUAAAAAUGGUCUGGACUGUCACCUGCUCGUUCACUCUGGAGUAAAGCCAUUUACCUGUGAUCAGUGUGGUGCAGAUUUUAAAUUAUCAUCAAAACUAGAAGAACACAUGAAAAUUCAUACAAAUGUGAGACCGUACGCAUGUUCAUUUUGUGGAAAGUGUUUUGCUCGGCUGGAUCAUUGUAAACGGCACCAGAAAACACACACCAGUGAGAAAGAUCAUGUGUGUCGUGAGUGUGGGAAGAGAUUUACUAGAGCUGAUAAUCUGAAACAGCACCAAAUACUUCAUACUGGAGAGAAACCUUACAAGUGCUCAUAUUGUGACAAGAGUUUCAAUCAGUUAGGAUCCCUGAAGGCACAUGAGCAGAUUCAUACUGGAGAGAAGCCGUACUACUGCCCUCCCUGUGAGAAGAGCUUUAGACAUUUAAAAAGCCUUAAAAAGCACUUGAAAACAUGUCACACGUCGUCACAGUGAGCAACAUUUUUGUGUUAAAACAGUCAAGUAAUUUGUGUGAGAUAAACAAAAUAUAGUUUCACCUAAUAGCACAACGCCAUCUAGUUUAAUUUUGUGCAUUUAACUAUAAAGUGUACAAUAGAGUGAUUCUUGAAGCUUCCAUACAGUUCCAUAUAUUUUAUGCAUUGUCGGUAUUGUUUAUCUUUUUUUACCUUUUGUGGCUGUGACUCCAGUCUGUUUUUCAACUGAUCUCUCAACUCAACUGAUCUGUUUUUAAAAAGUAGACCGGAGGCCUCAAUUUAUGUGAAGUGGAAUGAGGAGGCCUCCUCGUAUAUUGUGUCUAAUGUCAAAACAUGUCCAGCUUCACCAGAUCCUGUAUUGUUGUAAUGACUGCACAUUUCAUUCUCUCCAGGCCUCUAUCCACACAGGCAAAUACAUGAAUAUAAUAGCAGAAUAGCUUCAUACAGAAAUGGUUAUAUUCACAUUGAUUUGAUUAAUUCAUAUUUUGUUUAAUACAAAAAAUCUUCUGCAAAAGAACCGUAGUUACUUUGAUCUCUUGAGAUACAGACAAUAUAAACACACACAGGCAUAUGUUUUCACACCCUACAGAGUGGAGAUGCAGAAAGCUUCCUUCCCUCCUGUCUUUCCUUCACAUUUGUUCCUUCAAUCCCUCCACCCAUUCUUCCCUUCACUCAGAAUCAGAAUGAUUAUAUAAAUACAAAAUGUUCUGUGCCAAUGCAAGUGAAUGAACAGUCAUGUUUGGUAUGAUUUAAAAUGUCUCAGUGUGACUAAUACAAUGGUUUCAAUCUUACAAGAAGUAGACUAAAAGAUAAUGGAUCCUAAGAGUUUAGAGGUGUUUUAUUUACUUUUGGG